CGCAGUCGUGUUCUUUUCAUAUUAUGCGUGCUUAUUUUUAUAUUCAUGUAAUCAAAUGAUAUCCAACCCCUUGUUAUAUAAUAAUAUAUUAAAUUUCUACUAACUCAACCAUAGUUAAAAAUCCAGAUCUAAAUCAUGUACGCCAAUUAAUUUCAGUAUAUAUAUAUGUGUAUAGAGCCUACCUCCCAUCAGUAAUAAGUUAUAGCCAACAAUAGAAAGAAAAAAAAAAUGGAUGAGUUAUACAUAGCUUCAAUUGUAUCAGUUUCUUUGUUACUAAUCUCCAUUAGUAUCUGGUACAACAGAAAUCCUAAUACAUUAUUACCACCUGGCCCCUGGGGAUUUCCAGUCCUAGGAUACUUGCCCUUUCUAAUUGGCAAAGACUUAUUAAAUCAGUUAACAAAAUUAGGACAUAAAUACGGUCCAAUCUUUAAGCUCUACCUCGGCAACAAACUCCUUGUCGUGAUAAGCUCACCGUCCCUUGUGAAAGAGGUGGUCCGCGAAAAGGACGGCGUUUUCUCGCAUCGGGACACUCCGGUUGCAGCAUUCGUCGCCAGCUACGGUGGGAACGACGUUGCGUUUUCGGAGCCGAAUUCGCGUUGGAGGGCGAUGAGAAAGAUAUUUGUUCAAGAAAUGAUGAGCAACAAAUGCCUCGAGGAAUCCCGUGUUCUUCGUACAGACCAUGUUAGAAAGGCAAUCAGACGGGUCCACGACGACGUCGGGAAGCCCGUUGAAAUCGGCCGCUUGGGUUUCCGGACCGAACUUAAUGUCAUGAUGAAUAUGCUGUGGGGUGGGACUAUUGAAGCAGGGGAGCAAGGCCGGAAAAUCGAAGCGGAGUUCUGCGGCGUGAUCUCGAAGGUUAUUGAUUUAUUCGGAAAGCCAAACAUUUCCGAUUUCUAUCCACUUAUUGCGGGAUUGGAUAUUCAAGGAGUCAAGAAACAGAUGGAGGUGUAUAUGCAAUCUUUGGACGCAAUUUUCGAAGAUGUUAUUGCUCAACACAAAAGCACGUUAUCGUCAGCUGGAGAAAUGAUUCGCGAGAAACGAUCAGGAAGAAAGGAUUUUCUUCAAACCUUGUUGGAGCUUCAAAACAAACAAGAUUCAGAUAUGCCAAUUAGUCACAAGCAAGUCAAGGCCUUAUUAAUGGAUGUUGUGUCAGCUGGCACCGACACUACGGCGACAACAGUUGAGUGGGCAAUGGCUGGGCUUAUGAAUAACCCGGGCGUCAUGACAAAGGCACAAAAAGAAUUAACCGAAGUCGUGGGAUUGAACAACAUUGUCGAAGAGUGUCAUAUCCCGAAAUUGAAAUAUUUGGAAGCAGUUAUCAAAGAAACAUUGCGCUUAUAUCCACCGGGACCCCUUUUGCUUCCACGGUGUACAUCUGAUACUUCGACAGUCGGGGGGUACACUAUCCCCAAGAAUACAAUGGUCUUUAUAAAUAUAUGUUCGAUACAAAGAGAUCCUUCGAUUUGGGAUAAUCCGAUGGAAUUCAAGCCGGAGAGAUUUCUUGAUGAUAAUAAUAAUGGGAAAUGUGAUUAUAGAGGUAACCAUUUUCAUUAUCUACCAUUUGGAUCGGGGAGAAGGAUUUGUGCCGGCAUACCACUUGCGGAGAGAAUGCUAUUAUAUUUUCUGGCUUCGCUUUUGCAUUCUUUCGAUUGGAAAAUAGAACAAGGGGAGACGAUUGAUAUGUCCGAAACAUUCGGGAUUGCCUUGAGGAAAACUACACCAUUGUUUGGUAUCCCAACUCCUAGGUUGUCUGAUUCGACCUUGUAUGUGUAGUAUCAUGUUUUAUUAUGUUGUCAGUUAAGAAUAAUAGGGUGAGAUGUAUUCACUUAAU